UUGCUGUUUCAGUGUUCACAUUAUUCUGCAAAUGAAAAGACCAAUACAAUACACCUCCCGCACAAGGGCCACCAUAGAAAAAGUAUAAAAUAAUCUUUACAUUAGCACUUCCACCUCUAAUCUAGCCCUUCCUUCAAUUUCUCUUCCUGUCUCUCCGGUCUCUCCUGUAAACUCUCUUUGAAAUCGGGUUCGGAUUCGGAUCCUCAUAGUUGCUUUUGCAGAAAUGUCAAUGGAGUCAAGCUUUGGCUCCGGCGAGCAUAAAAUCGAAGGAACACCUACUCACGGUGGACGUUACGUCCAGUAUGAUGUGAACAGUAUCCUCUUUGAAGUCUCCAGAAAGUAUGUCCCUCCGAUUCGUUAUCUUUCCAAAGGUGCUCAUGGUAUUGUUUGUGCUGUCAAGAAUUCCGAGACAGGGAAGGAAGUUGCCAUUAAGAAGAUUGCUAAUGCUUUCGACAGCCAGAGACGUGCUAAAGGGACUCUCCGAGAGAUUAUGCUUCUUCUGCACAUGAACCAUGAAAAUAUAAUUUCUAUCAAAGAUAUCAUACGGCCUCCCCAGAAGGAGAACUUCAAUGAUGUUUACAUUGUUUAUGAAUUGAUGAAAACUGAUCUUGAUCAAGUAAUAAAAUCCAGACAAGAAUUGACAGAUGAUCAUUGUCAGUGCUUUCUAUAUCAAUUGCUCCGAGGGCUCAAAUAUUUACAUUCAGCAGAUGUUUUGCAUCGGGAUCUAAAGCCGGACAAUUUGCUCUUGAAUGCUGAGGGUCACCUUAAGAUUGCGGACUUUGGUCUUGCAAGGAUAAAAUCAAAAACUGACCCCAUGACUGAAGAAGUUGUUAAACGCUGGUACCGAGCACCAGAAUUACUCAUGAAGCAUUCAUCAGAUUACACUGAAGCAAUUGAUAUAUGGUCGGUGGGUUGUAUACUUGGUGAGAUAAUGACAGGCGAACCUUUGUUUCCUGGUAACAAGAAUAGACGUCAGCUGAAGCUUAUCAAUAAGCUCAUUGGUUCGCCAGAUGAUAAUGCUCGAAGGCAAGAUUUUGCUGCUAGAUUUCAUGAUAUGUUUCCAAAUGUUAAUGCUCGAAGGCAAGAUUUUGCUGCUAGAUUUCAUGAUAUGUUUCCAAAUGUUCGUAAUAUGUCUAAAGAUGCUGUUGAUCUGCUAGAGAGGAUGCUAGUCUUUGAUUCAAAUAGGCGCAUUACAGUUGACGAUGCUCUAAGCCACCCUUACCUGGCACAUUAUCACAAUGUCGAAAAGGAGCCUGUUUGCCCGAGUCUUUUCAACUUUGAUUUUGAGGAGUCAUCACUGCCUGAGGAAACAAUCAAGGAACACAUCUGGAUUAUAUCUGAACAAUUCAAUCCAGAUCCAUGAAAACUUAUCGCUUGAGAAAAUAUUCCAUGAUUUCAAUUCUCGUUGUAAUCUUCCGUUUUUUUUCCCCUUUUUAAGUUAAUUUUAAGAGUAAGGUAGAAUUUUGAAGUUGUUGGCCAUUUUGUUCCUUCAAUUAUAAUUUUUUUUCAUUCCUAAAAUAGUUCGAUUUGAAUUUAAA